CUACCGCCUCUCCCCGGAGCACCCGUUCCCCACUCAGUGGGAGGACUGCCUCACCGCCACCGUCCACUUCAUGAAGCACGCUGAGGAGCACGGCGUGGACCCUUCGCAGAUCGUCAUCGGCGGGGACAGCGCGGGGGGCAACUUCGCCACCGUCAUCACACAAGAACUUCUCAGGCGUCCAGGCCUGCCCAAACUCCGCGGACAGGUCCUCAUCUACCCAGGUGUCCAAGCGUUGGACUUCAACCUGCCGUCGUAUCAGCAGAACGCCGCCAUCCCCAUCUUGUUCCAGGAGAGCGUGGUCUUCUACGGCUUGAAGUUCCUCUUGAGGGAUUCCUCGUUGACCAACGAUAUCUUGAGGGGUUCUCACGUCCCGGACGAGUUUAGACAGAAGUACGAGAAGUGGUUGAGUGUGGACAACAUUCCUGAGCAGUUUAAACGGCGGGGGUACCAGAGGCGCCCGUUGGGCCCGUACAAGGCGGAGGUCCACCACCAGGUGCCCGACCUCCUCACCGCCUCCUUCUCAUCCCUCUUAGUGGAAGACGAGCUGUUACGACGGUUCCCGGAGACGUUUAUCGCCAGCUGCGAGUACGACGUGCUCCGGGAUGACUCGUUGCUGUACAAGAAGAGGUUGGAGGACAACGGGGUGAAGGUGCGCUGGUUCCACGCCACGCAGGGAUUUCACGGCAUCAUCAACCUCUGCUACAUGAACAUUGUCCGCUUUCCUGACGGGGUGGAGAUAUUGGAGAAAGCGUCGGAGUUCAUCCGGGAUUUAUGAGACUUUUUGUUCCCGCCUUGCUUUGUGAAGGUCAGGGAGUUGGGUUCCGGACUUGUGACAGUUCAUUUAGUGACCGUUCGGAGUGACGACGGCUGUGAAAAAAGGGACAAGAGCAGUUUUUCACACUUGUAAGCUUGAUGGUGUCGCUGUCCCUGUGUGUAUGCUUCUGCUAAAACUCUCUUUCUCUCUCUCUUUCUCUUU